UAUCACGGUACCUCGUAAAACCGACACUAAAACGUCCUGGCCUACAAAUCAUCCGGCCAAAUUAUGAGUUCAUUGUAUUAUGCGAAUGCUUUAUUCUCCAAAUAUCAAACUGCAAGUUCUGUGUUCCCAUCCGGAGUGUUCCCAGAGCAAACUUCGUGCGCCUUUGCUUCCAAUGCCCAGCGCACGGGCUAUGGCUCAGGUACCGGGGCGUCCUUCCCUGGAUCCAUGGCCGGGAUAUACAGCAACGGGAGCAGCAUGCACCCCCAGGCACCGGCCCUGUACCCCCCCAGCUACGGGCUGGAAGCUGCCUCCUUUAACAUGCACUGUUCCCCGUUUGAGCAGAACCUCUCCCUAAUGUGCUCCAGUGAUUCUUCCAAGCAGAGCUGCACAAAGACGGAGCAGAGGGACUCUGAGCUGCAGAAUGAGAGCAACUUCCGAAUCUACCCCUGGAUGAGAAGCACAGGCACAGACAGGAAACGGGGCCGACAGACCUAUACACGGUACCAGACCCUAGAACUGGAGAAGGAGUUUCACUACAAUCGCUACCUGACGCGGCGGAGGCGCAUAGAAAUCGCACACGCUCUCUGCUUGACCGAAAGACAGAUCAAAAUCUGGUUCCAAAACCGAAGGAUGAAGUGGAAAAAAGAAAAUAAAGCCUCCAGCCCCUCCUCAAACAGCCAGGAAAAGCCGGAGACUGAGGAAGAGGAAGAGGAGUAACCAGACCCCUCAAUAGACUGGUGACCUCCCCACAAGAUCCACUGGCUCUCUGGAUCCUCUCAUACUACCUAGUUCCCUUUUCUACUAUAGGUUUAGCUACCUACCCUAAUGUGGAGACAGAAUAGAUUCAUUUCCAUGUGACUUGAUUUAGCACAAUUAUUUGCAGAUUCCACUAAGUUCUCAGAGACUUCAGUACAGAGACCCUGAUAAACAGUAUUGUGACUGUAUUUAGCUCGUCUGAUAUAACUGUGAAGGGAAAUCCCGCUUGUUUGUGUAGGACUGUGUUUUGUUCUUAUCUAAUAAUGUUCUGUGGUUUAUCGUCACAAAACUGUCAUGACCUAGAAAUAAAUAAAUAAAUAACUUAAUUAGUAAAUAAAUGAAAUAGUUGUUUUAUAUUUGCCCCUAAAUUUCCCUCUAAUUUUGUUGUCAUGUAAUAUGUACGUGUGUGUGCAAAAAUAUGUGGUGUAUUAAUAAUUUUAAUAUAAUUUAAUCAAU